AACCAGACUGUGCGCGCGCGUGUGUGUGUGGGGGAGAGAAAGAGAGAGAGAGAAGGAGUGAGUGAGUGUGUGUGUGGCGUCUGUCUGCCUCUCCACAUCUUCACCGAGGCAUUAGAGGUGGAUUUUUUUUUUAUUUUUAAUUUUUCUAAAGCAGGGAUUAUAGUCGUAUCGCAAUAAGGAGGGUGAGGAAGUCUGACUAAAAAAAAAAGAAAGAAAGAAAAGAAAAAAAAAUCGAGGAUUAAAAACAUGGCAGAAUUAUAGCACGAGGAAGGUGUGUCAGCGAUUAGCAUCAUCAGUGUCGAGAAAAAAAAAAUCCAUCUCUACAUCUCUUCUUCAUCUUCAUCAUUCCCAUGGGUUGAUCGAUCCUAUGGUAUCGAAAAAAAGACCGCAUUCAUACACAUCCUCGGAUUAAAUAUCGGACGAUAUUUUUCCAUUGAAAAAAAAAGAAAAAAAAAAACACCACGACGUUUGGCUUAAAUUUCCGGCUUUCUCCGGUAAACUAGCCGAGCUCGAAUCCGAAGCCAACUCCUCCCUCUCCUCCCGGUUUUCUCACCUCCUCCCACCCCCACCCCCUCCUCUCUAUGCUCAGCUCGGUGUGCGUGUCGUCGUUCCGAGGGCGCAAGGCGGGCAACCAGUCGUCCAACAAGGCAUGCGGGAGCGCCGACAUGCCGUGCCCGGCGGACAGCGAGCGCAUCGUGAUCAACUGCGGCGGCGUGCGCCACGAGACUUACCGCAGCACGCUGCGCACGCUGCCCGGCACGCGCCUCGCGUGGCUCACCGAGCCCGACGCGUCCAGCAACUUCGACUACGAUGCGGCGGCCGACGAGUUCUUCUUCGACCGGCACCCAGCCGUGUUCGCCUUCGUGCUCAACUACUACCGCACCGGUAAGCUGCACUGCCCGGGCGACGUGUGCGGCCCGCUCUUCGAGGAGGAGCUCGCCUUCUGGGGCAUCGACGAGACGGAUGUGGAGGCGUGCUGCUGGAUGAACUACCGGCAGCACCGCGAUGCCGAGGAGGCGCUCGACAGCUUCGAGACACCCGAACCGGACCCGCCGGACGACGAUGCCGCGCUGGCUGGAGGAGCGGACGGAGACCUGCGGCGUCUCUGCUUGCACGAGGACGGGCGCAAAGUGGGUUGGUGGCGCGUGUGGCAACCCAAAAUCUGGGCGCUUUUCGAAGACCCUUAUUCAUCCAAAUACGCACGGUAUGUGGCAUUUGGCUCGCUGCUCUUCAUCCUCAUCUCCAUCUCAACGUUCUGCAUGGAGACGCAUGAGGCGUUCAACACCAUCUACAACCGGACGGAGAACGUGACAGUGGGCAACGUGACACGUGAGGAGGUCUUCUACGAGGUGGUGACGGACAGUUGGCUGACGUACGUAGAGGGCGUGUGCGUGAUAUGGUUCACCUUUGAAGUGUUUACGCGUGUCAUAUUUUGCCCAGACAAGGCUGAAUUCUUCAAGAGUGCGCUGAACAUCAUUGACUUUGUGGCCAUCCUGCCAUUCUACCUGGAGGUUGGUUUGAGCGGCCUCUCGUCCAAGGCGGCCAAGGAUGUGCUGGGCUUUCUGCGUGUGGUCCGUUUUGUCCGUAUCCUGAGGAUCUUCAAGCUCACGCGCCAUUUCGUUGGGCUUCGUGUGCUGGGUCAUACGCUUCGCGCCAGCACCAAUGAGUUUCUCCUGCUCAUCAUCUUCCUUGCCCUCGGAGUGCUCAUAUUCGCAACUAUGAUCUACUAUGCCGAGCGCAUCGGCGCCAGACCCGACGACCCCACGGCCAGUACCCACACCAGUUUCAAGAAUAUUCCCAUCGGUUUCUGGUGGGCUGUGGUCACUAUGACAACGCUGGGGUAUGGUGACAUGUACCCUGAGACGUGGUCGGGCAUGUUGGUCGGCGCUCUGUGUGCCCUGGCUGGUGUGCUCACCAUCGCCAUGCCUGUGCCCGUCAUUGUCAACAACUUCGGCAUGUACUACUCGCUGGCCAUGGCCAAGCAGAAGCUGCCCAAGAAGAAGAAUAAACACAUCCCACGAGCCCCACAGCCUGGCUCGCCCAACUACUGCAAGCCUGAUGCCCUGGCUAUGGCCACCGCCUCGCCACAGAGGAUCCUGGGUAACGUGCUGAGUGGGGUCAUGGGCUCAGGCGGCCUCACUGGAGACUGUCCUCUAGCUCAGGAGGAGAUCAUAGAAAUAAACAGAGACUCGAAGCAGAACGGUGACGCGGCAAGCGCGGCACUGGCUAACGAGGACUGUCCCACCAUAGACCAGGUGCUGAGUCCGGAUGAGCGCAGUCCGGUGGGACGAACACGCGAGCGCUACCAGCAGGACCGAGCCUGCUUCCUGCUCAACACGCGUGACUUCAGACCUGCAGAAUCCAACGUCCGGAAAGAACUUUCGCAUGCUUAACUUUAACCACCAUCGACAGGUAAAGCCACCCCAGCUUUCUACUGUUGUCCGUUUUAACUAAUAAGUUUCCUUUUCUGAGUGGUUUUUAAUUGUUUAAUGACAAUCAUUAAGUAUUAAAUGUAAUAAAUGUAUCUGGGGUGGAUUAUUCCAUUCUUGCUGCUUCUUGUUGCUGUGCUAAAUAUCCAAAAUUGAAGUGUUUUCUGUGAUUUUUCGCACUACAACAUAGCUUGAAAUUCUAGGUACAACAAUGUCAUCAAUGAUUAAUUCAUUAUAUAAGUAGAAGUACUGAGCUUUUUUACAGGACUGGAGUUUUACACCCCUUUAAAGAUACAUUACACACCAGUGUGAACUGCAUGUGUUUUAUGUAUAAUGUAGGUUGAAUAUGUUCAACUCUGUUUUUAUUUCAAAUCCAUUUCUUUUUACCAACAAUAUGUAUAACUUUUAAAUAGUUUAUUUAAACCCAACCUCUUAUGUUGGCAUUUAAGGUUGAAAUGAUUUUCUAACCAACUUCUUGUCUUUGCUUUUGUCCACAGUGUUAAGUUUCUAGCAUUCACCGAUUCUUUAAAGAAGACACAGUUAGGUGUUGUUUUCUGAGUUUACGGACGGAGGCGCAUCAUCCAGAUGCGACACUUGAGGAAUAUUGGUGUAGCGAGAGGAAUUGCCCGGAAAGACACAGAAAAUGUAAACGUCUGAGGCUGGAUCUUCACACAGUAACCAAAGCAACCUCUUGGAAUUCUGGACCCAUUCCUCGUUCUACCGAAAGACUUCUUAAUACAGCGAGACACUGGGCAUUUCAAUCUGAUUUGGAGAGAAAAGUGACACGUAACAAGAAAAAAAAAAUUCCAAACAAAAACAUUCCAUAAUGCUUUGUGUCUGCCGUACAAGAUCAAAACACCAGAAGCUCCAACUGCCGUGCUAAUCCGCGGCACGGAGCUCUGCGUAUGCAUUAUUCUACGUUUGAGAAUGAUGGACCAAGCUAGAUUACUCAUGUAGCAUCUCUGCUAACCCUUUGUAGCAUUUGUUGGUGGAGAAUCCUCUCCAACAAUUUUUAGAGACUUUGAUAUUCAUUAACGGUUUGCACACACUGACUAAUAAUGACUUAGUCAUGCACAAACCUUUACCAUUUUAGCAUUCCGGAGGAACGUGUCGUCAGCAUAUUGUCCUGUGUAGUCUUGUUUUUUGUUUUUUACGGUACAUGUUUAUUUCAGGUAGAUUUUUUUUAAUAGAAACCCCCCUACCUUGUAUACGUAUACAUUCCCAUUUCAGUUUUAUGACUUGGACUCAUUUUAUGACAUGGGUUGCUAUUCUGACAUGAGUCUUCCAUUCUUUUCCAUCGAUUCAGAAAAGGCAACUUAUAAUCAUUUAGUCCGCCAAACCAAAGCCCUCCACCGAGACCAAAUAAAGUCCAAGAUUGGUUCUUUAGUUAAAGUCUGUAUCAUGAACCAACAAGAUUCUCCCUUUACAUGCACACAGGUUAUCAGGUGUAGCAGGACAGCUAAUGCCCUUAAAUCUCUGCCAAGCUUAUUAGCAGCAUGAUGGUCUUUCUCUGAAAAGACCCAUUCGUAAUUCCUUUCCUGGAAUGUCUUUGUUUGAAAAAGAUACUUGAUUUUUUUUGUUCAAAUUAAUUUUAGUAGUAGCUAAAGCUGCCAUAGUGAAUCCAUGUGCACAUCGUCAACACUUGACUGACACACUGCCACAUCAUCGACGACUGCUCGGACCAAUAACGUGUGCAUGCUAACCUUUUACCUUUUUAGAGAUGAUUUAGGCAUACGGAGGUCUUAAAGGUGGUGUUCUGAAGCUCCUAUUCUCCCUUUCGCUCUGUCUUUAUGUCCUCCAUCAAGGAAAUUUGUCUUGGUACUUCCAUAAAAAAAAAAAAAACAAGGGAGGACAAAUGUACAAAGUAGAACAAAUAUAUAUAUUUUGAUAAGUGGGUGGGAGAAAUAACAGAAGAGCAGUUGUGAACAAGAAUCACCCAAGGAAACAACAAAACUGCAAAACUGCAUCUGGGAAUUGAAAAAAAAAAGAAAAUGAAAAAAAUGAAAGGAAAAAAGACCCUUGCAACACUGCAACUGCUUCCCUGAUUUACUCAGAGGAAAGGAGGGAAUAAAGAGACUAACAAAAUUAAUUAAUUAAUUAAUUAAUUAAGAGCUCCUGAAAUGGAGGAAGCAAGAAGACUGGACAACGCAAGAGUGGAGAUCAAAAAAAGAAAAUGCAAGGACAAAUCUUAAAAAAAAAAAGAUUAAAAAAAGAAAAGAAAAAAGUUAAGAAAAUUCUUUUUUUGUAACUUUGUUUACCAGCAUGAGUUCUUUGCAUGAGUAUUUUCUGCAAGCCCUUAGUUGAAGUGAGGAGGGCUAGAAAUACAAAAAAAAAAAUUAUAAUAAUAAUUAUAAUUAAAAAAAUGAUCAAAUAAAAAAUGAUAUGCAAUGAAUAUUUAAAAAAAAGAUUAUAUUAAAAGAGCUAUAUUUUGUUUUGAAAUAGUAAAAAAAAAAUGUGAAUAAAUAUCAAACUAUAUGUAUGACUGCAAGAUAAACUUUUAUUAGUUUGAAGGAGAAAAAAAAAUGAAUUUAGAAAUCACACCAAAUGCUCCUUUGCUAAUUAUUGCCCCAAUUAUUAUAACUUGUCCAUUUUCCACGUUAACGUCACUUGUCCACGGACACACAUUUUGCAGGCAUGAGUGUGUGAUCUAUUGACUGGUAGUAUUAGAGUGCUGAGAGGCUUUUUUUUUUUCUUUUCAAUCUUCUUCUGUAGCGAAAGUGGUGCUGAUUCUCAAACCUUCUUUUAAUCCAGCCUCUUUUUUCCCAGCAUGCUUUAAAGCAAAAAAAUAUAUAUAUUAAGCAUCUCAUUCUCAGUCUGAGUCGAGUCGAUGUGGCAAUAAUACCAACGACAAUAAUAGUAGGAAUACUGUGGAGGUUGUAGCUGGGAAGAAAAACAAGGGUGUUUUGGAAGAUUUUCUUUCUAUAGACAACAGUUUGUCUAGUCUCAGGUGAAAAAAAAAGAAAGCUGGAUGCCUGUCUUACUUGUAUUCCAGUCCACCUGUCUGUCCUCUUUUUUUUUGUCUGUCUCUCUCUUUCCGUCGUAGUAUGAUCGACGAAUAAAAAUCAAACAGGUUUUUGUUUUUUUACAAAAACCUUAAGCAGCAAUACUGAAAUCGCACAAAAGAGCCGAGCUAAACAUGUAAUCUCCUCUUUUUCACAUCCUCUCGUCACAGUUUCUUCCAGAAUCUUGGGGUGUUUUGAGGUCUUCCGAUGCUGUCCUGCCUUGAGCCAAGUGCGGUGAAUAACAGAAAGUCAGAGCCCCGAAUUGUAUCAGCGCUACAUAACUGCGUCUGCUUACAUCCAAACAUUUUCACAAGAAGACAACAUUAAAUGUCAUAGAAAAGGUGUUAUAUAAUUAUCCAAUUCGAAAAACUGAUAGAAUAUGUGUAUGUGGUGGCCUGGGAAAACCCGUUGGAUGUCACUGCAGCUGAGUUCUUGCAAACUACCAAAAAUUGGCGACAAAAUUUUGGGCCAAAAUUGCGUUGUUGUUGUUGUUGUUGUUGUUUUUUCUGCCUGUAAUAUAUUGUGAAGCCACAACUUUUAAGAAAGCAUGUAAACAUAAAUAUAUUUCACCAAAAAACAUUGUUUACAUAACAAACUACAAGUAUCACAAGCUAGUGUGAGCAUAGGGUUAGCUAGCAUUAUUUACAUAAUAAAACCUUACUAGCUGACCCUAUGUUCACAUUAGCUUGUGUCACUUGUAGUUUGUCGCUAGUGGCAACCACUUAAAUGAGAACUAAUUGCAACUGGGGAACCGAAGAAACAUCGGACCACACAUACCUUAGGAUUGGUCCGAGACAUUAUUUGGAUUCGUCACACCUAAUUCAUGGAGAAUUGAGAAACUCUAUUCAGUUGUCACUUGUCGCUGAAAUGGUGGCUCCAUGUCACUCCAUGUCCAUAGAAAACGAAUGUUGCCAUUUUGUUGCUUUGCUAGUGUGAAUGAUAGUUAUAUUUGUUUGUUUGUUUGUUUGUUAUUUAUUCAUCUUGGAAUCCCUCGUCGCUGAGUGUUCUCCAACAAUUCGAAGUUUAGUUUCGGCUGCAUUGACAAAGAUGAGGUGAAAAAUCUUUCCAUUGUGAGAGAAGGUGAUGAUAAUGCCGGUGUUCCUGUGGUGAACAACCAGCCGAUGCUUAAAACUUACUGGAAAUCAUUUUACCUUGUGUCAGUGUACUUCCGUUUUUUGGUGAAACAGGCCCGUUUGCACAGUUUUACGCAGUUUAUGGAGAUUUGAUUGGAUUUGGUUUUUUUUUAAGUGAAAACACAACUGAUUGGAAUAGCAUGGCAUUUGAGAUUUUUAACAAGUACUUUGAAGGUUUUUUCUCUUAUAAAUUUACUUGAGAAAGAGUGUACAGUUUCGAUGAUACUUGAGUAAAGCCUUCCAAACCUUCCAAAACAGUACUUAAGUACAGUAACAAAGUACACUUACUCAAGGACGGGUGAUUUGCUUACACAGUGAAUGUCAGGCUUUGAUCAAGUUGUUGGAUUGGCUCCCUUUUCUCUUUUAGGUGUUUUCAAAAUGCUAGAACUUUAUUUCUGGUUGUGGGGCAUACAAAAGACAAGAAGCUUUUUCGUAUUUCAGUCUGAAAAUGUCCAAACUUCACCAUGUGAAGGGUUUUCCUGGUCUGCCACCACACACACAAUGUUUUGACUGGAAUUAAAAUUCUCUCUUAAUUUUCAUCAACCUGUUGCCACUGUAGGUGAAAACAAUGUUUCUGGUAUUGCUAUCAUCUAUACCAGAGUAGUUUAAGGUUAUAGGAUGUAGCAUAUUUCACAUUUCCAUAUCCAUCAUGACAGUGCAUCACAGACUGGGCAGAUUUGCCUGUAGCUUAAAACUCGCAUCAUGCCAGUGUGAUUUGGAAUCAGGCCCAGAUCACGUGUGUGAGUCAGUUAAAUAAAAAAAAUCAGUUUAGCAAAAAUGUGAUAACGAGUAGCUUAAAUUAACUGUUGAAAAUAACUGUUUUCUGUGGUAUUUGCUUUUUUGUUUGUUUGUUUUUAGUUUGUGUGUUAUGGACAUUUGACCUUAAACUGUAGCAGAGAGGCCUCUUCGAUUCCCAGUAGCAACAGUCGUGGAGUGUGUGUUUGUGUGUGUGUGUGUGUGUGUGUGUGUGUAGCUGUAGAUUACAUGAGAGUGGACUGAAUGUAUUAUAUUUAUUUUUACACUCUUCAGCUGUGUUAAUAAAAUUAUGACAUGCUGCCAAUGAACAAGUGAUUAAAAAAAAGAAUGAGGGAUGGAGAGAGAGACAGACAGAUGGAGAGGAGAGACAGAAAUGAGCACAAAGAGGUAUAGAGGAGAACGUGGGGGACGUUAAAGAACACUGUGUGUUUCAGACUGCCAGGUUUUAAGAUGCUGCUAUGAAAGAAAUGAUAUAUGUUCAUAUAUAUAUAUAUAUAUAUAUAUAUAUAUAUAUAUAUAUAUAUAUAUAUAAUGGUACCAGUUAGAAGAUUGGAUUGGACACACCCACAAAGGUUUUUAGACACCAAAAGAAAAAAAAUACAAAUAAUAUAUUUUAGGAUUUGCACAUAACAAUACUCCUAAAAACAGCUUCUUCAAAGAAUUCGAAACAUUCAUGACAUUUCUGUGUGAAAUUAGCUCCGCCCUCUGCUGAAAAAAUCCACUUGUGUCAAAGAGAUGUGAUGAUAAAAAUGGGAGGGGUUUAUCAAUAUUUCAGUUGCAAUUGCAGUUCCGCCUCACAAACAGCAGAGGGCUCUAAAAAUUACAAACAGCUCCUUUAAAUAUUUACAUUACAUACAAUAGCGUCAACCUUCGUGGGGUUUUUUCGAAGAAGAAACAAAUUCAACAUCCAGUUUGUCCAGACUUCUGCUUGGUACUUUAUAUGCACAAAAGGUGUUUUGUUUUGGGCUUUUUUUUUUUUUUAAAUAGAUCUUCAUGUUUUAGUCAUGAACCUACCAUACGAAAACCUUUAAAACCCUACAUGUGUGUGUGUGUUUUGUUUUGUUUUGGGUGAUAUGUGAUGAAAAUUCACUGAUUGAUUCAUAUUUUAUAUAAAAAAGCAAAUCUGAAUAUAGGAAUAUAGAGUCUGAUUCUGCGAGGAUGUCCUUUUUUUUUUCCUGUCUCCAAACAUGUUCCAAUGUGAUGCAUUUUAAAGCAGCGAGAAGUGAAAAACCACACACUCACACACACACAAGCUUGAUGCAUACCAUAGACAUGGUGCGAAUGCAAUCAUUCAUUUUGUUUGCAUUAAGUGAUGAGUUGAAUUUGUCACAGAUGCAAAUGAAUACACACACACACACACACACACACACACACACACUCGCAUACAGUUCCUUUGUUGAAAUGUUUUUUAUUUUAUUUUAUUUUUGGGUUGGGUGAGGGAAUGAGCAGUUUGCCUGUUUCUUUUCUAUAUCAUGUUCCUUUAUGUGCCUGCUAUUAUAUCAGCUGAAUCAAUCAUGAUUUUCUGUGUGUGUACUGCUGUGUUUAAUUUUAUGUACUUGAAUUACGGAUAUGCAAUCUUUGCCACACUGACCACUGCCAGCCCAAUCAACAUGAUCAGUAAUUAAGAUGAUUAAAGUGAUUAGUAACCAUA